CCUACUGAAAACCGAGUGGAUCUCUGUGGGUAGGUGCUACAAGAUCACAGGGCAGCCAUGGAAGAACUUACAGCAUUUGUAUCUAAAUCGUUUGACCAAAAAAGCAAGGAGGGCAGCGGCAGUGGCAGCAGCAAGAAGGAGACCAUCACCUACAGGGAAGUUUUGGAGACGGGCUUGGCUCGGGCCAGGGAGCUGGGAAACUCUGACAGCAACCUCCAGGACAUUACAGAGAAUAGCAACCACUGCCCGCUCCAUCUUUACAAAGAGCACACAGACAUUGACAAGGACAAGCUCAAAGACUACAACGCUAGCAGGAUCUCUGAAGGCAUCUACGAGUGCAAAGAGAAGAGGGACGACGUGAAAUCCGAGGAUGAGGAUGGGCAAACGAAGCUGAAACAGAGGAGAAGCAGAACGAAUUUUACAUUGGAGCAGUUAAAUGAACUUGAAAGACUGUUUGAUGAGACUCACUACCCUGAUGCUUUUAUGAGGGAAGAGCUGAGCCAAAGGCUGGGACUCUCUGAGGCCAGGGUGCAGGUAUGGUUUCAGAACCGGAGAGCAAAAUGCAGAAAACAAGAAAACCAAAUGCAUAAAGGUGGGUAUGGUGUGAUUCUGGGAACAGCAAGUCAUUUAGAAACAUGUAGGGUUGCGCCAUACGUGAACAUGGGAGCACUGAGGAUGCCUUUCCAACAGGUCCAGGCUCAGUUACAGUUAGAAGGUGUAGCUCACGCACAUCCCCAUCUUCAUCCGCAUCUGGCUGCCCACGCUCCUUACCUGAUGUUUCCUCCUCCACCCUUUGGACUUCCAAUUGCAUCGUUGGCAGACACAGCUUCCGCUGCAGCUGUGGUUGCAGCCGCUGCUAAAAGUAACAGCAAAAACUCUAGUAUUGCUGACUUGCGACUCAAAGCCAGGAAACAUGCAGAGGCUUUGGGGCUUUGACACUUUUAGCCAUUGAUUAAACAGUGACUGACUUCUCAAUUCUCUUCUCUGCCAUUAUAUGACUCUUCAAACGCCAAAUGGGUUGUUAAAAAUACUUUGCAAGUGUGCUAGAAAAAUUAAAGGGCCUAUACCUGCCUCUGUAGAAGAUCACCAAGGAUUAUUAAACAAAGGCAUCAUUUGGUUUAGUCAAUUAAACUCACAAUAAACUUGAAUGAAAUAUCAUGAAUUUCAAACAAUGUUUGCAACCACAGUGAUUCUGAAUCUGAAGACAGAUGGAGACAGAUAAGAACAUCGCCUUACAUAAUUUGGACAAAUGUGGAAUUUUGAAGAGGAAUGGAAAACAGAGAAUUUUUUUCUUUACUCUUGACAAAAAAGGAACUUGAGCAUUACACCAUUGGCUGCUUUCAAUUUUUCUUCUGCAUGUUUCUGAGAAAACCAACUUGGAAAAUUCAUAUACAUAGAUCGAUAUAUUGUAGAUAACAAAUCACUGGGGCUGGUCUCCAUUAAAAAUGGCAUAACUUUUUUGCCAAUGUUAUUACUCACUUCCAUAAAAUCCUUCCUUUGUAGACACAGUCUCCCGAACGUACAUGGAGUUUUGGAUGUAGAGAAAGCAAGAAUCGCCAUUCAUUAUGUGCAGCAGCCUGCUCACAAAAAUAGGCAGCAAUAAUUUAUUUAUUUUUUUCCAAAGAUCACAUUUGGAAAAAUAAAUCAUACAAUACACCAAUUGUUGGUGCUUUCAAUAACU